CCACGCCCCUCGCUGUGUUCCGGGAUGCGUCUGCGCGCAGAGCCUUGAGAUGCAUCCGCCUCGUCUAAAGCAGGUGUUGGACACCUCAGUCCUGGGAGGAGGUGGGUAACCUCCACAUUUGCUCCCGGGCUGGAGGAGAUCCGGUGCCCCUCUGCCGAGAGGGACAGUCCCAGACUCUUCCCAGACACGAGCUGCAGCCCCCACCACCUUGCCACCACCUUGCCGACCCUUCUGGAAGUAGCUUAGCCUUUAUGUGCUUUGGGUUUUACCUCUUGAAGCUGUUUGCUGCGGACUCACUUGUGCAGUUAUUCCCCAUUCGUGGAACAGUUGACAAGGUGGCCUUCAUGGCUGUUCCACAUGAUUCACAGGAACCUUCCUAUCUGCUUCCCCCAGACCCUGAGGACUGGGAAGGACGAGACAUCCCAGACUUUGUUUAUGGACAGAAGGACCUCGUAGGGAAGGGAAUUCAGUGGCCAAGGAAUGCACCCAGCACCCUGGACGAACUGCCACGGUCCCGCUUCGACUCUGCCCUCUGCUCUGCGUGGAUACAGCGAGUGGAACUGGGCCUGUUUCGAUACCGCCUAGAAGAUCUGCAGACCCAAAUCCUCCCUGGUUCCGUGGGGUUUGUAGCUCAGCUGAAUAUAGAGCGAGGAGUACAGAGGAGGCGCCCUCAGAAUAUCAAAAGUGUAAGGCAGGAAUUUGACCCCGAACAGUUUAACUUCAAUAAAAUCCGACCUGGAGAAGUCCUUUUCCGUUUGCAACGGGAGCCUAACGGCCCAGCUGCCCCAAAGCAAGAGGACAUCCUUGUGGUGAUCAAUGUCAGCCCCCUGGAGCGGGGCCAUGUACUGCUGGUGCCUGAGCCAGCUCGUGGCCUCCCCCAGCGCCUGCUGCCCGGGGUGCUGCGGGCCGGGCUUGAAGCUGUGCUUCUGAGCUCGCACCCAGGCUUCCGCGUAGGCUUCAACAGCCUGGGAGCUUUGGCCUCUGUGAACCAUCUGCACCUGCAUGGCUACUACCUGGCCCACCCACUGCCUGUGGAGGGCGCCCCAAGCACACCUCUGGAUCCAAAGGGCUGUCUACAUCUGCUGCAGUCGCUCCCAGCUCCUGGCUUCCUCUUUUACGCUAGUGGGCCAGGGCCUGACUUGGAAGCCUUGAUUAGCAGGGUAUGCCGGGCCACUGACUAUCUGAGUGACCACGAGAUUGCACAUAACUUAUUUGUGACCCGGGGAGCUCCACCUGGGCAGGCAUCCUCUUCCUCAGGCCUCACUGGGAUCCGAGUCAUUCUGUGGGCCCGGAAGUCCAGCUUCGGAAUUAAGGAAAGCGGGGCUUUCAACGUUGCACUCUGUGAGCUGGCCGGCCACCUACCGGUUAAAACAUCCCAGGACUUCGGCAGCCUGACAGAGGCAGCUGCAGUGGCCCUCAUCCAGGACUGUCUGCUGCCCCAAACUCAGGCAGAGGAGGUACAGGCAGCACUGGUGGCCCUGGUGGCCCAGGAAGAGCUGUGAUUCUUCAGUUCUUUCUUUACUGAUUUGAGGCCCUUUCUAAAGACUUAAUCACUGGCAUCUGGGCAUUUCAUGACUACCUUCCCACCUCUCAGCUUGAGGAGUAUAGCGAAAGCACUGAAUGAAUGAAUGAAUGAAUGAAUGAAUGAAUGAAUGUAUUCUCGUGAAGGUUUCAAUUGCUUCUCAUCUCUCUUCUUAGAUAAGCCCUAGGGGUAACAGAUCUGCCUUUAAGGGCCAGCGAGAUCACUCAGUGAGGGGGACGAGUGCUUGCUGCCAAGCCUGUCACCCUGGGUUCACCCUCCAGAACCCACACGGUAAAGGUUGUCCUCUGAGUCCCACAUACAUGCCAUGGCACAUACACACCCAUCCGUGUACACAUACAUGAAAGUGAGUGUAUCUCAAAUAAAGUAAAUGUGCCAGGUGGUGGUGGCACACACCUUCAA